AUGUCCGAGGUGCUGGUGCCGGGCCCCAAGGAAGGCCCCAAGGAAAGCCCGCCUGCGCCCGGGGCUGGACCCCGCGAAGUGUGGAAAAAGGGCGGCCGGCUGCUGUCGGUGCUGCUGGCGGUAAACGUGCUGCUGCUGGCCUGCACGCUGGUCAGCGGGGGCGCCUUCAACAAGGUGGCCGUGUACGACACCGACGUGUUCGCGCUGCUCACGGCCAUGAUGCUGCUGGCGGCCUUAUGGAUCGCCUUCUACCUCCUGCGCACCUCGCGCUGCCGCGGCGCGGUGCCCCACCGGGACGCCCACGCUGGCCCCAUCUGGCUCCGAGGUGGGCUGGUGCUGUUUGGGAUCUGCACCCUCAUCCUGGAUGUCUUCAAGACUGGCUACUAUUCCAGUUUCUUUGAGUGCCAGUCUGCCAUCAAGAUCCUGCACCCCAUCAUCCAGGCCCUGUUUGUCAUUGUCCAGACUUACUUCCUCUGGGUCUCUGCUAAAGACUGUAUCCACACCCACCUGGACCUGACCAGGUGUGGGCUGAUGUUCACCCUCACCACCAACCUGGCCAUCUGGAUGGCAGCCGUAGUGGAUGAGUCUGUGCACCAGGCGCACUCGUACAGCAGCUCAGCCAACACCACCAGCCACACCCGCCUUGCCCCUGACCUGGGACGCGCGGGCAGCGCUGCCGGAGGAGACCCGUGUUCCUGCAGCACAGCUCUCUGCCAGGUUUUCCAGCAGGGCUGCUUCUACUUGCAUCCCUUCAACAUCGAGUACAGCCUCUUUGCCUCCACCAUGCUCUACGUCAUGUGGAAGAACGUGGGAAGGCUGCUAGUCUCGGCCCACGGCCAUGGCCACACGCCAUCCCGGGUCAGUGUCUUCAGAGAGACGUUUUUUGCUGGCCCCAUCCUGGGCCUGAUGCUCUUUGUGGUGGGACUAGCCGUCUUCAUCAUUUAUGAGGUCCAGGUGAGCGGGGAAGGAGGCCGCACCCGACAGGCUCUGGUCACCUACUACAGCUUCAACAUCGUCUGUCUUGGGCUCAUGACUUUGGUCAGCUUGAGUGGCUCAGUCAUCUACCGUUUCGACCGCCGGGCCAUGGACCAGCAUAAGAACCCCACGCGCACUUUGGAUGUGGCGCUGCUAAUGGGUGCUGCCCUGGGUCAGUACGCCAUCUCCUACUACUCCAUCGUGGCUGUAGUCGUGGGCACGCCCAGGGAUCUCCUGGGAGCCCUCAACCUGGCCUAUUCUCUGCUCAUGAUUGCCCAGCACACCUUCCAGAAUGUGUUCAUUAUUGAGAGCCUCCACCGGGGACCACCUGGGGCUACACCUCACAAAACGCCCCCCAAGGAGCCCUGCCAAGGUCUCACCUUUGCCAAUCUGGAUGCUCUCCACGCUUUGCCCGCCUGCCCGUCCACUCCUAGGCUGGGAAGCCCCAACCCAGAAACUCCUCAGGAAGCAAUGGCCAUUAUCUCGGUCCCCAGGUGCCACUGGAGACGUCGGUGCCUAAAAGAUAUUUCUCUGUUUCUCCUGCUGUGCAAUAUCAUUCUGUGGAUCAUGCCUGCCUUCGGGGCCCGCCCUCACUUCAGCAACACGGUGGAGGUGGACUUCUACGGCUACUCCCUCUGGGCGGCCAUCGUCAACAUCUGCCUGCCUUUCGGCAUCUUCUACCGCAUGCACGCGGUCUCCAGCCUGCUGGAGGUCUACGUGCUGUCCUGA